UUCUAUUGCUGGUGAAGGGUAAAAGUUUAUUACGCCCCAGUAGCUUAGGAACAUUUGUAUAGUUUGAAUACUCUUUGAAUUUGUGUUUACGCAGGUCCUGAUUGUUGUGUGAACUCAUGUGCUUGCCCGAUUGUUGUAGCUUUUUGCUAAGAAUUUGUGGGCUUUGGUUGCUAGGCUACAGGUGAAAAACUUUCCUGGUAACCUGCUCCUGUACUGGACUCCAACCCCUCACCCCUCCUAUACCCAUUCUUUGUAAAUCAUCUCAAAUCAGGAAGUUAAAACUUGUCAGAUUGAUGGCCCAAGGCCAUGUGAUUUGGAAAUCCCCUAUUCCCUCCUCCCUUCUUCCCCCUUGAGGGUCCAUAAAAAGAAGGGUCCCUCUCCCUUUUGGGGUCGACUCUACCCCCUGUGUAGGAUACGAGUUGUCCCCAGAGCUCUGGAAUAAAGCCUCGUGUGUGUUUUUCAUCAAGAAUGGUCUUGUGAGUUCUUGGGGAGUCUGCACCAUCCCUGAGUCUAGAGCAAGGAUCUCGCCAUUUUCGGGGGUCCUACUUUAGAACUGUCUGACAUUGGUCCUGGGACUCAAACCUGGGUCCUCUGGAAGAACAGCAAAUAUUCUUCUUAACUGCUAGCUUCACCCUUAGCCCUUACCAUUCUUUUCUUCCUUCUUUCAGAUUGAUCUUUCUUUUAUGUGCAGGAGUAUUUUGCCUGCAUGUAUGUUGGCAUACCACAUGUGUACACUGCCCAUAAAGACUAAAAGGUGUUGAAUCCCCUGUAACAGGACUUAGAAAUGGUUGUUAGCCACUAUAUGGAUGCUGGGAACUAAACCUAGUUUCUCUGCAAGAGCAGCAAGUUGCUUUUGAUGGCUGAUUCAUUUCUCCAACCCCCUUUUUGACAUUCUUGUUUGGAAUGUCUCAUUAAAAAGGAUUAUUGUCUCAGUAUAUGAAGCCUUCACAGCUGUGUCAAAGGUUUUGCCUCUUCAUUGUCUCCGUCUUUAUCUUGCCUCAGGAUCAUAAUUUGCCAUCAUUCCCUGCAUGUUUUCUGCUGAGAAGAGAUUCAUGAAUACUAGAGGGGUGUCGGGCUCUUCCUCGGGAACAUUGGAUGUCUGGAGUUGAAUUUGCUUGGAACCUUUCCUACUCGGGUACUCUUCUUACUGUAGCUCCAUGCGUUCGUUCUUUUAGUUUUCCAGCACAGGCCAAAACAAAUGUCACCUGCCCUGGUUUUGAUAUCAAGGUGUUAAAAGCCUCUGAAAGUGAGUGGAGAAUUUCUCUGAAGACAGCCACGUCAUACUAAGGUCAUCUUCAUCAACAGGAAACUGAAAAUGGCCUUUGAGCUAUGCUAGGUCUAUAAUGGGAAGCGUUACAGUUCGAUAUUUCUGUUAUGGGUGCCUUUUUACAUCUGCUACCUGGACAGUUCUGCUCUUCAUUUAUUUUAACUUUAGUGAAGUGACUCAGCCCCUUAGGAAUGUGCCCAUCAAGGGGUCUGGGCCCCAUGGGCCAUUUCCCAAAAAAUUCUACCCACGUUUCACUCGAGGUCCAGGUCGAGUGUUAGAUCCACAAUUCAAAGCAAACAGAAUCGACCAUUUGAUGAAUAAUCACAUUGAAGAUCCAGAUAAAGGCCUCUCCAAAUCAUCCUCUGAACUAGGUAUGAUUUUCAAUGAACGUGAUCAGGAAUUGAGAGACCUGGGCUACCAGAAGCACGCUUUUAAUAUGCUUAUUAGUAACCGAUUGGGGUACCACAGAGAUGUGCCAGACACCAGGGAUGCAGGGUGUAGGAGGAAGUCCUACCCGACUGACCUGCCAACUGCUAGCGUUGUUAUCUGUUUCUACAAUGAAGCCUUUUCUGCCUUAUUGCGGACUGUGCACAGUGUUGUGGACCGCACACCGGCCCACCUUCUUCAUGAGAUCAUCCUUGUGGAUGACAGCAGUGACUUUGAUGAUUUAAAAGGAGAACUAGAUGAGUAUAUCCAGAGAUACCUGCCUGCAAAAGUCAAGGUCAUAAGAAAUAUGAAGCGCGAGGGAUUGAUCCGAGGACGAAUGAUUGGAGCAUCCCAUGCUACAGGAGAAGUCCUGGUGUUCCUGGACAGCCACUGUGAAGUGAAUGUGAUGUGGUUACAGCCCCUGCUGGCCAUUAUCCUUGAGGACCCACACACAGUGGUGUGCCCUGUGAUUGACAUCAUCAGUGCAGACACACUUGCUUACAGCUCAUCCCCAGUGGUUCGGGGAGGUUUCAACUGGGGGCUGCACUUCAAGUGGGAUCUAGUUCCCGUAUCUGAGCUGGGAGGCCCUGAUGGCGCCACGGCCCCAAUAAGGUCACCUACAAUGGCUGGAGGCUUGUUUGCCAUGAACAGGCAGUAUUUCAGUGAUCUUGGACAGUAUGACAGUGGCAUGGACAUCUGGGGAGGAGAAAAUCUGGAAAUCUCAUUUCGGAUCUGGAUGUGUGGCGGCAAGCUCUUCAUCCUCCCUUGCUCAAGAGUAGGACACAUUUUCCGAAAAAGGCGACCAUAUGGGUCUCCUGAAGGCCAGGACACCAUGACACACAACUCUCUGAGACUGGCACAUGUCUGGCUGGAUGAGUACAAGGAACAGUAUUUUUCCUUAAGACCUGAUUUGAAGAACAAAAGCUUUGGGAAUAUCAGUGAGCGUGUUGAGUUGAGGAAGAAAUUGGGCUGCCAAUCAUUCAAGUGGUAUUUGGAUAAUAUUUACCCCGAGAUGCAGAUACCUGGCCCGGAUGCCAAACCUCAGCAGCCUGUUUUCAUCAACAGAGGACCCAAGCGCCCCAGAGUCCUGCUGCGUGGAAGGCUCUACCACUUGCAGACCAACAAAUGCCUGGUGGCCCAGGGCCGCUCCAGCCAGAAAGGAGGCCUAGUACUGCUUAAGGCCUGUGACUAUGGAGACCCAACUCAGGUCUGGAUUUAUAAUGAAGACCAUGAAUUGAUUUUAAACAACCUCCUUUGCCUUGACAUGUCAGAAACUCGAUCAUCAGAUCCACCCCGACUCAUGAAGUGCCAUGGGUCGGGAGGGUCCCAGCAGUGGACCUUUGGGAAGAACAACCGGCUGUACCAAGUGUCUGUUGGGCAGUGCCUGAGAGUUAUGGACCUGAUGGAUCAGAAGGGCUACGUUGGCAUGGCGAUCUGCGAUGGCUCCUCCUCUCAACAGUGGCGCCUAGAAGGUUAAAGGUGGGCCCUGGCUGGAGACAACAUAAUUCACCUGGUUUUGUCACGCCUGCCAUAAAUCAAGGUGCUUUAUGAAGGAUGUUGCUGACCGCAACAGACAAGAACCUUGUUGGAGGGUGACCAUCUCAGGAGCGUCACUGUAAUUUGGGUUAUUUCUGAGCUGCUGUUAAAGAAUUCUUGUUUAUCCAGGGAAAACAGAAAAUAAUUCUAAAGAGUUGGGUCUACAGAGUAUAUACCCAGGAUGUAGGUAUUUAUGUUUAUGUUUUUCAUAUUCUCCCUUGGAGAUCGAAUUGUUUCUGUCUAAUCAGGAACUUGUUACAAUUUCCUUUCAUAGAGGACUUCAUAAGAGAUUUUUUUUUCUACUUCUAUCAUGUUUAAUGUUCCAAAUAGAUUUUAAAAACUGAUUGAGUGCAUAUUACUUUUAGCUUCAGAAGAUAUCAUGUAUAUUUAAGAGGCAUUUAACUAUUAUAAAUUAUUUUGAUGACUUAAUAGUCUGUCUACAUUAAAUAAAGGAUCUUUUUGAUCAUUAACUAGGA